AGAAGAACUGUCAUGGUGGUUUGUUUUUGUUAUUAUUAUUAGGAAAAUCUGUCAAAAAUGUUAACAAAAUGGACUGCGAAAAGGGCAAUAAUUUUUGACGAUUCGUUUUUUCGAUAGUUUAGACUUGUAAAAAUUACUAGCGAGAUGUUCCACAAAGCCGAUAACGCGAAAGGAAGUUUUCUGGAGCAAACGAAAGCAGCGCGAGAGGAAAGAGCUUUUGAAAAGAAACGAAUAGCGUCUGCAAAGUUAAUACAAGCCCACGUGAGAGGUUGGUUAUGCAGAGUCCGCUUUAUAAGGAACAUAUUAGAUGACUUCGAUUCCGCAUUGCCAUCGGUUCCCGAAGAUACGACUAAAUUGCAAUUAAAACCAGCAAACGAAAUCUUCCAGCAGUCUCUAAAAUUGCUGAUUAUAUGGAGAAAAGACAGAGACAACGAGAGAUUCGCUAAUUUCUGCCGUUACAUCGUAACUACACUAGAUAGCGAUUCACCCAAGUACAGUUACGUAGGAGUAGCCUUAAACAAAGAGAGCGUUAUCAAAUGGAUAUCUCACAUGAACGAAAUAUUAUGGAUAUGUUGCCAAUAUUUAAACGACCUUAAACCCGAAUUUAAUAAUGAUAUGAAAUUAAUCGUUAUGUAUUUGCACGUGCUGGUUUCCUUCACCAACACAAACACAUGGGCCGUAUUGAAAAAUAAGAACAUGGAAGUCCUGCGGCCCGGGAUGAAUAAUUUGUGCUCCAAUAUAAUGGGACAACUGGUUCAUAAAGGGUUCUAUUUGAUUGUAAAGGAUCUCUUGUUAAAGGGAUUGGGACGCAUCAAAGUAACAUUCAAAAACAUAUCCUUAUCAGCCAUUUUGACCAUCUCCUUGAGACCUUUAGUAGCUGCGAAUUACUCUGACAAACUAAUGACGAUAUUUUUGAUAAACAUUUUAUCGGUACCGGGUCUCGUGUACCACCUCCAAAAUUUAUCACCAGAAUCUAUUUCAACGUUAACUAACCACAAAAUAUUCGCCAGGAGUCUGGAAUUGUUAUCUAGUCAACAAUCGAUGCGGAUCGUAUUCAACACAUUAGAAGGCAGUUACGCUCUAUGUCUAUUAGCUAAUUUAAUCCAAUUGGCUUUUAUCGAACGACAUACUACACUCAGAGCACUCUAUUUCCCAACGUUUACAGUAGUAGUAACCAGUCUACUAGAAAGUUGCCAAAACUACGUAGUGAGCAAACAAUCGACCCUGACGCACUGGCACCCGGUGCUGGGCUGGUUCUCCAAGGCCAUGGACCCCUCCCUGCACGCGGCCAUUCCCCACGUGAAAAUCCAGCUGCACUAUCUCUGGCACGCCGAGAUCAUACAAAUCCUGCUCGGCGAUUCGCUGUGCGAGCUGGUCGCCGGCGCCGAGCCGCCCGUCCAGAUGCCCAGUCCGACGCAGAGCGCCGCCGGCGGCGCCAACUUCUUCAAGAAAGUGCUGGAGUGCAAGAGCCACAAGACGGCCGUGCAGAAGACCUACAGGACCCUCGGCAGCCCCGACGUGCACAGGAUCGUGUUGAUUUGCUCGCUCUAUCACACGGCUUUGAAUACUUUGAGCCAGCUGCAGCUCGAUAUACUUACCGGUCUUUGUUACCAGAAUUCGGUGUUGUACGAUUUGUGGUUGUUUAUAUGCUCGUUGGGGCCGAAUUGCGGCAUCAAACCCUUCUUGGAUCACUUGGCUAUAAACACAAAAUUUUCCGCGCCCGAAUUUCAAAUGCUACAAUUAUUCGCCGAUUGUAUGUCGCACUACGUUACUAUACUCGACGAUAUGGAGAUGUACGAGCACCAAACGCCGUUCAAGCUCUCCGAUUUCGUGGUGAUGUCGACGUUCCUCAACAACUUCCUCUACAAAGCCAUAUCGGGCAGCUUGUUCGACUUCAAAACGAUCAGCACGAAUUCGCUGUUCAAUUCGCUGCACGCCGUCCUGAUGCUGUUGUACAGGCGCGACUGCCGGCGCAACUACACGCCCCCGGGCCACUGGCUGAUCAAAGACGUGAAGGUGUCGGCGUUCGUGAGCGACCUGGAGAAGGGCCGGCGGGCGCCGCAGCUGCUCCUGCAGACGAUGCCGCACGUCAUACCGCACGAGGACCGCGUGCGCCUCUUCCGCAAGUACAUCAACAACGAGAAGACGGUGCUGGGAUUGACCGAGUCGGCAUGCGCCUCGCCGCAAUCCACGCUCAUCACCGUACACAGGAAUCGUAUAGUGGAAGACGGUUACAGGCAGCUGGCUUUGUUGCCUUCGCAGUCGCUUAAAGGCGUUAUUAGAGUGAGGUUUAUCAACGAGCAAGGUCUGGACGAGGCGGGUAUCGACCAAGACGGGGUGUUCAAGGAGUUCCUCGAAGAGAGCAUCAAAAGAGUGUUCGAUCCGUCGUUGAAUCUGUUCAAAGCCACCAGCGAGGAGAGAUUGUACCCGUCGCCCACGUCCAGCGUUCAAGACAACCACCUGCAGCUCUUCGACUUCGUCGGAAGGAUGCUGGGCAAGGCGAUCUACGAGGGUAUAGUGGUGGACGUGCCUUUCGCUUCGUUCUUCCUCAGCCAGGUGUCGGGGCAGACGACGCAGGUGUUGUACAGCUGCGUGGACGAGCUGCCGUCGCUCGAUCCGGCGCUCUACCGCAGCUUGAGCUACGUGAAACGGUACGAGAGCGACGUGGGGGAUUUGGAUUUGACGUUCAGCGUCGACGAGGACAGCAUGGGGAAGAUCGUGACGCACGAGCUGGUGCCGGGCGGUAAGGCGGUGCAGGUCACCAACGAGAAUAAGAUAAAUUAUAUACAUUUGAUGGCGCAUUUUCGUAUGCACGUUCAGAUUAAGGACCAAACGGCGGCGUUUAUUAAAGGGUUUCGAUCGAUUAUAAACCCUGAUUGGUUGACGUUGUUUUCGACGCCGGAGCUACAACGACUGAUUUCUGGCGAUAACGUGCCGUUGGAUUUGCGGGAUUUACGGAAGAAUUGUCAGUAUUACGGCGGUUUCCACGAUUCGCAUCGAGUGAUAGGUUGGCUGUGGGACAUAUUAGAAAAGGACUUCAACGAAGAAGAAAAGGCUAUGUUUUUAAAGUUUGUGACGAGUUGUUCGAAGCCUCCGUUGCUGGGAUUCGCGCAUUUAGAGCCCCCGUUUUCCAUACGAUGCGUGGAGGUGGGCGACGAUGAGGAUACUGGAGACACCAUCGGUAGCGUGAUUCGGGGAUUUUUCACCAUACGCAAGAAAGAUCCGCAGAAUCGAUUGCCCACGUCGUCGACGUGCUUCAAUCUGCUGAAACUGCCCAACUACCAGAAGAAGAGCACGUUAAGGGAGAAGUUGCGGUACGCGGUGACGUGUAACACCGGUUUCGAAUUGUCUUAGAUUCGACGGAUUGUAGAUAGAGGUGUUGCGAUGGUAGAUUUAAUUAGAUGUAGUGUUCGUAACGGUCUGACUGUUCGAGGUAAUAUUAGGUACGGAAUAUUUGGAUUUGAUAUUACUGAUUCUCAUAUCAUCAUUAACCACUUGCUGCUCGAUUUUCACGUUUGUAUUGCGAAUUGAAAUCGAGUUAGUUCAUUUUUUUUCUUGUCAGAUGUAGCGAAAUGGCGGUUUUAAUUAGGAUUUUUUAAUUGUUCGGUAUAUUUUAAUCGAAAAUUCGUUGAUUGAAUUUCAUCUCGUGUGGACCAAAUUCAAAUUGAUUUGUUUGUGAUAGUUACGUCUCUACAAAUUGUUUUAAAAUGGGGAAAGUGCAAUUUUUUUUAUUUUAUUUACAAAAUUUAGUAUAUCGUAAGUGUUCAUCUAGCGGGAAUUUAUUCUUUGUAUAUUGAAUAAACGUUCGAAGUAUAAACCCUAUCAAUAUAUCGAAAUGUGAUUGUUGUUUGUACGUAUGUAUAUUUGUAAAAAUAAAAUUUCC